GCCUAGAGCUAAAUAAGAAAAGAUUUGCUAAUUAGUUUGUUUUGUGAGCUUUCUUUAAGAGUGUGCUCUAUUUUCUUCUUCUUGGGAUCAUUAGAGUUAUCUUGGAUACUCUUCUUAUUCAACAAAUCUAGUGGGCUAGUGGGCAGUAAUCAAGAGGGAGGGUGCCUAGGGUUACAUUGUGUCGUGCGCUAGGGCAUGUUUGGCCAACGACAUCGAUGUCAACUAGAUGGGCGGUAGAAUCAAUGUAGUUUAUUUGUUUGACAUAGUAUCAGUCGGUUUGUAGGGUGAGGAUAGGCUCACCGGCGCACAGCAUCUGAUGCCUAAACCAGGGUAACCACAGUACUGAUCGGCGGAGGUGGCUUUGACACGCCGAAACGGAUAGCGAUAGGCAACGCCGUUGCCGCAAUCAUAUGUGGGGCAAAUAUUGGUUGAGGAUGAAGAACUAGUGGUGUUGCUAAUUCCAUGUGACUUCAUGAUCAAGAAGAAGAGUGAGAGAGAAACAAGGAGCAAGGAGGUAAACAUCGAAUGGUGGCAUGCUGGGGUUUACCCAAAUAAUAGUCCGGUAAAAUUUCGCGCCAGUUCAGGAUUGCAUGAUGGGAAUUUGAGCAGUAAACCGGUGAAUCUUUGGGGUGGUUUCUAUGAUUCUGGCAACAACAUAAAGUUCAGCUUCCCUACAGCUUAUACCGUAACCCUGUUGAGUUGGACUGUGAUUGAAUACCACGAAAAGUAUGCUGAUAUUGGUGAGCUUGAUCAUGUCAAGGAAAUAAUAAAAUGGGGCAGUGAUUAUUUGCUCAAACUCUUUGUUCCUCCAAACACAACUUCAGAGUUCAUAUUGUAUUCUCAGGUUGGAAGUGGAAACAUUGAUGCCAAGGUUCCUAAUGACAUAAACUGCUGGCAAAGGCCUGAAGACAUGCAUUACGACAGACCUGUUUCGAUCUGCGACAGCACUGCUUCUGAUUUAGCAGGGGAAAUUAUUGCAGCAUUGUCCGCCGCUUCAUUAGUGUUUAAAGAAGACAAUGUAUACUCAGGAGAACUAGUCACUGCAGCUGAGAAGCUAUACGAGAGUGCAAUUACCAAACUAGACCCUGCUAGGCAAGGAGCAUACACCAAGGUUGAUGCUUGUGGAGGAGAAUCUAGGAAUUUCUACAACUCUUCUGGUUUCCAAGAUGAACUGGUCUGGGGAGGAACAUGGUUAUUUUUCGCUACCGGCGAUAAUUCAUAUCUAGAUUAUGCCACAAAAGAAUUUAAGUACGCAGUUGCUAACGAAACAAGUGCCGAUAAAGGGAUUUUCUAUUGGAACAACAAGCUCACUGCCAAUGCGGUCUUGCUAACACGUCUCCGAUAUUUUCGUGAUCUUGGAUUCCCGUAUGAAUCUUCUUUCGACUCGUCAUCAGACAUUACUGACACCCUCAUGUGUUCUUAUAUUUCUUCUCAGAAAACAACACCAGGUGGAUUGCUCCUCCAAAGGCCUACUUAUGGCGCGCGGGCACCUCUCGAAUAUGCUGCAACAGCAUCUUUUCUUAGUAAAUUGUACAGCGACUACCUUGAUCUUCUGCGUAGUUCUGGUGGGAGUUGCAUUAAUACUGGCUUUUCCAUCAAUAUGUUUUCCGUCGAUAUGUUGCGCAAUUUCUCGAUAACUCAGGUCAAUUACAUUCUAGGAGAUAAUCCAAUGAAGAUGAGCUACAUGGUUGGCUUCGGAGAUAAGUUUCCAACCCAAGUGCACCACAGAAGCGCAUCAAUCCCUUGGGACGGUCAUCAGUACUCUUGUGAAGAGGGAGAGAAAUGGAAAAACUCGAAGGACCCGAAUCCAAAUGUGCUUUUGGGAGCCAUGGUAGCAGGGCCCAACGAUUUGGACAAGUUCGUAGAUGAAAGGGACAAGCAGGAGUUCACUGAGCCUAGCAUAGCAAGCAAUGCUGGUUUAGUUGCGGCACUCAUUGCACUUCAUGAUCCUCCUCGCCAUCGUUCUUCGAAGGCCAAUGGCACACUUUUGGGUAUAGACCAGACGGGUAUUUUUGGUAAGAUCCGGCAUUAGUUGCCGGUGGAUUUGGCUGUUGAGUUAGCAUGUAGGUUGUGCAGUUUUAAGAACAUAAUAUCUAGUAAUUCCCUGUACUUCUUAAUUACUUCGAUGUUUCUCUAAGCUCUAGCAUUGAACAAGAAAACAAAGUCGAGGAUUUUGGGAAAAACUGAUGAAAUUUAAUGGAAAGUAAAUCUUUUACAAACUGAA